AUGUUGCUUCAGUCACCUUUAUUAUUACACCUAACGAGCUCGUUCUUGAUCUCCACGUUAAGGAUCCAUGUGGAGCCCGAAGAUGCGACUUCCGUAAAUGGAGAUGACGUUCAAACUCCCCUAAUACUUAUCUCACCCAACAGAAACAUGUCAUUAACAUUCCGAGGAAACGCCAUGUUGGUUGACAAUUUGCCAUUAGCUGGAUCCGGCGGGUUGUACACAUUAAAAGGACCCUUUGCCAUAUCCGCUAAUUGUCAGCAUGGUUUUAGUUUCAAAGUCAGCGUAGAUGAUGCAGAGCGCGUAUUGGCAUCGCCGUCUUUCUGCACAAACCAUGGUCUAAACAGUAGGUUUCAACAAGAAUUUAAUUAAUGGCCACAGAUGUUCUAUGGGAACCUGGUUUUAUGGGCAGACAUUUUCAGAGAUUCUAAUUGGGCCAGAUGACCGAACUGACGAGUUGUUUUACGGCUGCAUUCAUAACAUUACAUUUGGACCCAAUAAAAUUCUGGAUAGAUGGUGCAGGUGAGAACAAAAAAUUUUCAUUUGAAAUUAUGGAUUAUUAGGCUUAAAAACAAGAGAUCCAUUCAUGAAGAGACUGUAGACAAAAUAUCAUCUCUCCCAAAAAACAUUCAACCUGCGUAUAUCGGAGAACCUUUGAGCUGUAGGGAAGGAUCUGACGUCAAGAUACUGUGGAAGAACAUUUACAUAUUUCCGGAUCAUCAUCGUUUUGAUCUGAAUUAUGGAGAUAUUCACUUCAAAGUCAUCCAUGCUCCCGCGUAUGGCCGACUCCUUGUUGGAGACACCACAGUACUAGAAUUUACUUACGAAGAUAUUAUAAAUCAAAGUCUAAAGUAUGCGAACGACGGCUCCGAGAACGCAGAAGAUUCUUUCGAGGUUAGUGUCUGGAUUCAAACGGAAGCUAACCGAACAUCAACUGAGCCUAAGCUGUUGACAAUGCCUAUAAAUAUAAUCCCUGAGGACGAUCAGACACAGAUAGAGGUCACGCCAGAGGCCGAGAACAUCAUUGUAACUCCGUCUACUAAAACCCUUCUUAACGAAAGAUUUCUCAAAAUUUGGGAUCUCGAUACUCCCACGGAUAAGUUAUGGUUGGAUGUCGUUGAAGAGAAAAACGCUCAUCUAGUUGAUAGAGACGGAAAUGACAUUAAACAAUUCACCCUGGCCGAAUUUCUGCGCAAUGGGGUAUGUCUAGAAAUUCAUGACGAUGCAAUAAAUGUUUAAAGAUUUAUAUUGAAGCCGAAGAAGAACAGGGUUACAUUAAGAUCUCAACCAGAGAUUCAUUGCCCAAACAAGUUGCUCUGAAGAUACGAUCCUCUCCUUUAGAGUUCCGCCUCGACACAAACACUGGCCUUCGACUUCCCUUUCGUUCAAGCCGAUUGAUUACUGCAGACAAUCUCACAGCACGAGCCAAUUUUCCAGUGAGCUUGGGUUAUUCGGUGGUCGAUAAUCCAGAGUUUGGAUUCAUAGAAUGCUUGAAACCUCUGCCGACUGGAGGUUUAGAAGAAUUCCAAUUGUGCUCUCAGUUUACACAGAUGGAUUUGGAGAAGAUGAGAGUCAGAUUCAGACAUUCUUCUGACAACAGACCGUCUCGGGACGGUUUUGCCUUCAGGGUAAGUAAGCUUAAAGUGGCAAAGUUUUAUCAAGUGCUUUAAUUUUAGGUCGUUCACGGAAGCCAACAAUCAGAACUAUUCGAAUUCCUAAUUGAAUUCUUUCCAAUUAGUGUAAAGGUGUAUUAUCAAGAACCGAUCGUCCUCAACAACACCGAAGAGGUGGUUCUGUCCAGAAACAAUUUGAUGGCCGUUUCUUUUCCCGAACUGAUUCAGCCAGACGACUUCAUCUAUCACAUUGUGGAGCCUCCCAAAUACGGGAUGUUAUCCAGACAAGUCUCCAAUUUGAAGAUGAGAAGGAUUGGACUCGCCUCCAACUUUACGCAGUACAAUAUCGACCACUUAACUAUCGUGUACAAACUAAAUUACGUUCAAUAUAACGUCGUCAAUGACUUUUUCAUGUUCAGAAUCCUGACCCCUACAACAACAACUGAGUUACUACGCUGUGACAUAACAUUCUUGCCGGGAGAGAACUCCUUUCAGCUGAUAAAUCGAACUAUUUUGGUCAACGAAGGAAGAAAACAAAAGGUUUGUGAGUGCAAAAGCAACGAACAAUGACUUUAGAUUACUAAUAACACUUUAUGGCUGGAAACCCCAGACGAAAAAGCAUUCAAGUUUAUUGUAAUCAUCCCACCAUUUUAUGGAAACUUUGUACUAAUAGACAAGUUUGGGAUCAGAGAAAUACUGGAUCAGAAUGACGACUUCAACUCCAUUGAUAUUACAAAUAAGAAGUAAGCACGAGUUGAAGUUGAAAUAUUUUCAGACUGAGUUACGAACAUUCCGGCUCGAAAUCCUUGACUGACCGAACUUUCCUCCGGGCAGAAAGCCUGCACAACACCGUCCCGAACUUCUCGUUUUGGCUGAAUAUUCGGAUAAUUCCGUUGAAUACUCAGAAGCCUCGUCUCACUGGUGCUUAUGCUACUGCUGACAGAAUCUUAACCAUAUAUGUUUCUGAAGGGGGAGAGAGAACACUGCAUCCGUCUCUAUUCCCUUGGACCGAUCCUGAUUCGAAGACUUUGAAGUCGGAUGUGCACUUCUUUUUCCCCAAUUUAUUCAAGGAUUUUACUAUUUGUCGCAAUCAGUUCCCCGAGAUACCCGUGAGAAACUUCACUCUCGCAGAUCUUCAAAGGAACUCUUUGAUUCUUCGACAUGUCUCGUUGAAGACCGAAGCAUCUCCCAGUUACAUCGCCAGUGAUGGGAAGUUUGAAGUCGAGAGCACGGUCAAAUUUAUAGCUGCUAAGAACCCUUUCAUGAAGAUUUUGUGCUCUAAUAUUCCGACUAUUUCCCCUUUGACACAAACUUCUGUCAUUUUGGUCGACCCGAAAAAUCUUUGGACAGAUACAAACUUGGAUUUGGAUCCCUGGACGUUAAUUUAUUUCUUCAACGAUGAAGGGGAGAAUCCUUUUAAAAUUCUGCGCGAUGGUAAGCUGGUCUCCACAUUCAAAUUUUCGCAAGAGGUGAGUACAGACGAGAUUACAUAUUGGAAUGGUGACAAUUGCACCUCGAUAGGCGCCGAACGCACUGUUUUGGGUCGGCUUAAUGCUGAGAGUUCGUAGAAUUUAUAUAUGUUCCUUAAUUUUACAUUACAGGAUGUAUCGUUCCUUCGAGUAUUCUUUUUACCGCAACUCGAACCCAGUGUCAUAAAGAUGAAGGUGGAAGGUGGAGGACUUGUAAAAGAAUUCGAUCUUACCGUAGCCCCCAACGAACCAUCCUCUCAAAAUCCUUUCCAAAUACACAUCUUCGAUCAUAUAACCUUACCCCUAGGUGCCGUAUUUUCCUUGGAUACAAAUGUCAUCAAUUUUGACGGCUCCUUUUCUAAAUCGUCAAUUUCGAUUCACGAAGCAGCGCGGUAUGGACGUGUGGUCUCAACGAUAAAGUCUUCAGCUGGCUCGGAGACUGUAAGUGUGGAUAUUGACCAUUUUUCUAAAAUCGACCUGCAAAAUGGAUUGAUAAGCUAUGUUCACAACGGGGUUUUGAACGAGGCGGAGCUCGAUUACCUUACUUUCAACAUUUCUAUUGACGCCUUUGAUUCUGUUGGUCCGUUCAAACUACAAUUCAAUAUUGUUGACAGCUCUAGGGCAAGUUUGAACGUAUUGUUGCUAAAUAAAACAAAUUUAGCCGGUGCUGAUCGUAUUAAAAAAUGUCUCUCUGCCAUGGGGCGACAGCAUCACAAUCAACAACAGCCACAUUCGAGCUUUAGUCCCAAAUGCGCAGUAUGAGAACGAUGAAACGAUCAGAUUUGAGGUUGCAGAGAGACCUGCUGUGGGCAGGUUGUUGGUCGAGAGUCUCGAUUUGAAUCCUGUGAAUCCUUCAUUUACACAACAGCAACUUCGCACUGGACGUGUUUAUUUUACUGCCAGUUCUGGGGAUGAUUUUAAAUUGAAAGAUUAUCCCACACAAACAUCAAUUACCCUGCGGGCAUGUAAAGCAAGCUGUAGCAAUCCUCAGAAAAUCACAAUUAAUGUGGAAGCUGACAACAUUCAAAAACCAGAGCUCUUGCGCAACGAGCCUCUACAGACGGCCGAACCCGUAACCAUUAUUACCUCAAGACAUCUUCAUGCUGCCGAUUCUGAUACCUCACCGAAAAACCUUAAGUAUUUGGUAUGGCAGCCUGCAGGUGGAAGAGUUGCCAGAAUUAAUCGGCAAACCGAAUCCAUUUCUUCUUUCAGUCAGGAAGAGAUAAACAACAGAGACGUCGUAUUUGUAAUUGAUGGUGAUGAUCAAGAAAAGACAGGAUUUGCCUUCAUCUUGACCGAUGGUCUUUACCAAAGCCCUCCAGAAUGGUUCUCAGUUAUCCGGAAAGCGGAGUCUGAGAUUCAUUUGGAGAAUAAUGUGCGGUUAAAUGUAGCGCCAGGGCAAAAAGUUCUGAUUGGCCCUGAUUUAUUGAAGGCUCGAAUUUUAAAGGUGAGUUAGGCGUCCGUCUUUUGUGCAAUAACGCUUUUUUCUAUGAUAGGUAAAAGUUGAGCAAUUUGCUUUAUAGGUCCCUUCGGACAAGGUCAUGUACCACGUAUCCAGAAUGCCGACUCUGGGAAAGCUGGUUCUCAAAAAUCUGCAGCGGCCGGUUGAAUACUUCACUCAGGCAGAUGUGGAUGAAGACCGCUUGUACUUCCAAUCGCAUACAGCUGAACUUGGAUUAUGGACAAGUCGGGAUUAUUUUGGCUUUACGGUCUACAAGAGAGGAAACGCUUCAGAAUCCAUCACAAUACCGAGGGAAAAUGAAUUCCGCUUCAAAAUCACGGUGUCUUAUUCUUAUCUCCCCGAGACCGAGCUGGAAAACUUUGUACAGCGAAAUGUAAUCAACCUCACGCAAGACAGUGAAGUGUUGAUAAAUUCUACACACAUAAACCUGGAGAAACUGGAGAAUUACUGCAACGACGUGCUUGUCCUAGAAAUCGAGCGACAGCCGACCUUGGGAGAACUAGAGAUUUUAAAGAGUCACCAGAGACAAGAUGACGAGGAAAAUGAGGAAAUAUAUGAAUUAACAGCUCAGAAACUUCAUGGUGGACAACGCUUGAUGUACAAACACAACAAACAAACAGGAAACGAUGAGUUCGUCAUUAGCGUUUAUGGCCAGCGGGAAAGGGCAAAAAAAGCGGAUAAAUUGAAGAUAAAGGUCAAGCUCAGAAUCAGCAAACGGGUUGACCUCGACAUCCAAGUAAGUGGCGGACGUCGCUAACAUUCUCUUUUAGAUUAAAAGGUUCUCUUCCCAUGUAUCAGUUGUAUCAGGGGGAUCAACAACUUUAACCCCGGAACAGCUAUUAAUCGACAACUUGUCGAUUCCGGGCGGAGAUUUAGUUUACCAUGUUGUGAAGCAGCCGGCGAAUGGAGUUAAAGUCAGGUUAAAUAGCACUGCCGAGGUUAAAGAAUUCCGCCAGGAUCAAAUAAAUGCCGGACUAGUAAGAUUGGAGCACUCCCCCUUAGCUGCUGAUGACAGAUUCGAUGUUCUAAUGCUAGAGAUGGGAGGACAGAGCAGAGUCAUGGUUAUAGAAAUAGAACCUCUUGCGCUCGACUUGUUUAACCAUUCUGUAGUUAGCUACCUCCAAGGAAACACAUACGUGUUAUUGGAUAGGUAGGUGUUUUUAGAGUCCUGUGUUAAUUAAAGCAAUAUUUUAUUUAAGGAGGCAUCUUGGAGCGAUCUCAAACAUUCCAGCGUCAAAGAUUUAUUACAAUGUAACAGAACCACCGAAGAAUGGAUCGUUGUAUUGGGUGGCCGGGGAGACCACAGCCACUGUCUUUACCCAAAAGAACAUUAACGACGGAGACAUUCUAUACGCACAGCUAAACAUGAACGCAUAUGAAGAUUCCUUCAGAUUCACCCUUAGCAACGAAGAGGUUGAACUGAUGCCUAAAGUUUGCAAGAUAAAAGUGGACGCUGACAUUGUCUUACAAGAGCUACAAGUCGCGCCUUUGAGUGUCAACCAGAUCGCCGAUGUUCACCUUAACGCUUCUACACUUAAAGGACGUACCCCUCGAUACUUAGUCAUCGAAUCACCAAAAUACGGAAACUUCUUUUUGUACCCAAAAACAAACAACACAGUAACCUUUUUCACCCAAAGCAAUAUCAACGAAGGACGCCUCUUCUAUAGGACAGAUGUCUUCGAUGGGCCUCUCGAUGAUGUAAUCCUGUUUGAAUUGCGAUCAGACGACGUUCAACCAGCAAGAUUUAAUUGGACUAUCAGAAUAACGUCGUCAACUGGUCAGGCCGGUAUAGCCUAUACAGCCGGCAACAAAGUCCUAGUAAAAACGCCGAAAUUAGACAAGACCAAUAACAGUUCUCAACUGGACCUUAACUAUAGAUUCCCUGUUUUGAUUCUACUCGCAAUUGUAGCCGGUGUAAUAGGCUUUUUAUUGUGCCGGAAAACGGAUCACGAGGCUGAAAAAAGGAAAAGUAUUGUUAGCGGAGAUGCCAUACCUAACAUCGGGACUCGCGAAUUACCCGACCCUGAUGAUGACACGCCCAAACUGAAGAAAGGCCGUUCUGAAGUGCUUAGGCCUGGGCCAGCAAGGCCUGGUAACGACUUGCUAGGCCAAACGGUUUAUGUAGAUCAAAAAAAGCCUAAUCCGCAUCAAACGAUGGAACAAAAAGAAGGCACGCUUACACGAAACCUGACAACAUUCGAUCAAAGCCAUAUCCCUCGCAAGGCACCAUUCGGGCCAGCUUACAAAUCAACAGCGUUGUCAGCAAUAGCACGGGCAGUAGAAGAAGGCAGCCCUUCGGGAAAACAACCCCCAACAUCGAGGCUCAACGAUAACCAAUAUUGGGUUUGA